AUGGCGACGGCCUUCGAUGCCUACACCGACAAGAACGCCGUCUUCCGCCGCCUCAAGGCCAAGCCCGAGAACAAGAUGUGCUUCGACUGCAACGCCAGGAACCCCACCUGGGCCUCCGUCACCUACGGCAUCUUUCUCUGCCUCGACUGCUCCGCCGUCCACCGCAGCCUCGGAGUCCACAUCACCUUCGUCAGGUCAACGAACCUUGACUCAUGGACUCCAGACCAGCUGAAGAUGAUGGCUUUCGGAGGCAACAACCGGGCACAUGCUUUCUUCAAGCAGCAUGGAUGGACCACCGAUGGUGGAAAGGUUGAGGCAAAGUACACAUCAAGAGCUGCUGAACUGUACAGGCAGAUGCUUAACAAGGAGGUCGCUAAGAGUGCCACGACUGAUAAUGCUCUGCCAUCCUCACCUGUCGCAUCUGAGGCUUCCAAGCCAUCCGAUGACUUCCCUGAAUUCAAGCUCCCAGAUGCACCAGCACCACUGACAGAGAAUCUGAAUGGGAAGCACGAGCCCAAGUCCCCCAAAGCCGCUCCGCGUUCACCAAAAGCCGCUACUCAUCCCACCUUUGCCACUUCCGUAAAGAAGCCCAUUGGCGCAAAGAAGGUUGGAGCCAAGACUGGAGGGCUUGGUGUUCGAAAGCUUACUACAAAGCCAAAUGAAAGCCUGUAUGAGCAGAAACCAGAAGAGCCAAAACCUGCUGUACCUGCCUUGGCUGCUUCAACAACAACAAAAGGUGGUCCAUCCUUGCAUUCACGUUUUGAAUACGUGGAGAACGAGCCAUCAGCUGAUUUGAGAACUGGCGGAUCUGGAUCUCGUGUGACUGGCCAUGUAGCUCCACCCAAAUCAUCAGAUUUCUUUCAAGAGUAUGGGAUGGGUAAUGGGUUCCAAAAGAAAUCUAACAAUGCUUCAAAAGCUCAGAUUGAGGAAACUGACGAAGCGAGGAAAAAAUUCUCUAAUGCUAAGGCAAUUUCAUCAUCUCAGUUUUUUGGUACUCAAAACAGAGAAGAGAAAGAGGCUCAGCUAUCCCUUCAGAAAUUCGUGGGUUCUUCAUCCAUUUCAAGCGCUGAUCUUUUUGGUCGUAAUAAUGUGGACAAUUCUAACCUGGACCUAAGUGCUGCUGAUCUCAUCAACAGAAUAUCUUUCCAGGCUUCACAUGAUCUGUCUUCACUCAAGGACAUAGCUGGGGAGACUGGAAAGAAGUUGACAUCUUUGGCCUCCAAUUUCAUCAGCGACCUGGACAGAAUCCUUUGA